UCCAUCUCCUCUUCACACCACAUUUAAGGAUAGUAUUAUUCACAUUCACUAAAUUCACAAGAAAUACUUAUAAUUCUCUUUCUUUUCAUGUGAAGAAUGAAUAAAAACAUUCAGACCAUGGUUGAUCACUGGUUGAAGCUACUUAUUUGUUUAGUUGUUGCGAUGAGUGCUCGUGUAACGAGUACUGAAAUCGACAAUGUUACCAUUACAAUUCUUGACAAUGCAGUGGCGAGAGGAGCAGUUUGUUUGGAUGGGGGUCCACCAGCUUACUAUUUUUCUAAGGGAUUUGGAGAUGGAGUCAAUAAUUGGUUAAUCGAUCUUCAGGGCGGUGGUUGGUGUAAUACACCGGAAGGUUGCGCCUAUAGAUCAAACCAUGAUACCGGCAGCUCCAAGUAUAAAACCACUACCGCCCGUUUUGGGGGGAUGAAAAGCGCAAACCAAACAAAGAAUCCAGAAUUUUACAACUGGAACAUAAUCAAUGUUGGAUAUUGUGAUUGCUCGUCGUAUACGGGAGAUGUUGAAGCAGCUGAUCCAACAACCAACGUUACUCGUAGGGGUGCAAGGAUUUUCGAUUUCGUCAUGGAAGAUCUUUUAUCUAAAGGAAUGGCUAACGCCGAAAAUGCCAUACUUACCGGUGGCUCAGCCGGCGGACUGGGUGCCAUCUUGCAUUGCGACGGUUUCCGAUCACUUCUCCCUAAUACUAAGAGAGUCAAAUGCAUUAGUGAUUCCGGUGUCUUCCUCCAUGCAAAAGAUCUGCCUGGAGCAGAUCAAAGAGCCGAAUACUUUGCGAAAAUGGUUGCAUAUCAUGGAGUAACUAAAUCAUUGCCUUCACCAUGCACGUCGAGAAUGAACGCGAGUUUGUGCGUUUUCCCGGAGUAUAUAGUCAGAGAUAUCGAGACGCCCAUCUUUUUUAUCGAAUCAGCUUUUGAUCCAUAUCAGGUAAUACAAAUUUAUUAUUUAUUUAACAAUUAAUAAUGACCAUAUAAUAGAACCCAAUUAGCAAGUAAUUGUU